UUGGCUUCCCGACUGCUAAAAUCAAUGGAAGAAGACAACAAGCUGUUAGCUGAGUUAGCUUGUUGUUUGGCGUCAAGUGAAUAUCUUUAGUCUGCAGCAACAAUGUCGUCAGCCCAGUCUCUGAGAGAGUUUAUCAACAAGCGACUAUCUGCUGCUGCUGAAGAAAUAUUCACGGAGUUUAGAAGAAACAUCGUUCAGCUGGAGGAAGAGAUCGAUCGUCAGCGCAGACUGCUGGAUCUCACCUGGAAACCUCAGAUCAAUUUACACAGAAUAGAACUCCCGCUGCAUUAUGUCUGGAAAGAUGAGGAUGUUCUGACUGACCAGCAGCUCUGUAACCAGGAGAGGACCUUGGAUCAAGAUGAACCACAAGUUUUAUGGGUGGGGCCAGAACCAUCAGAGAUGAAAGAGGAGCAAGGUGACCCAGAACCUUUGCCGAUUCUAGAACAACGGGAGCUCAGCAUCCGUCAAAAUAAAGAGCAGCUGGUACUGAAACUGGAGACCGUUACCUCCCUUGUGAAUUCUACUUCUGAGGAACAAGACCACAAUGAACCAGAACCAAACCGUGACCAACUCCUAUUUUCAUUGCUUCCUGAUGCUGAGAUCCAAGAACAGGAAGGAAGCAGAGAAGAAGAUGUUGAAUCUGGCAGAGAUGAAGAGAUGACACAAAAUCAGAGAAGUCCACAAACAAGAGAUACCAGAGGCAAUGAAGACGGUUCAAAACUAGAAAAGCCUGGAAACCUUCACACAGAACUCCCACAGCAUCAUAUCCGGGAAAAGGAGAUGGUUCUGACGGAACACCUUGUCGGUAACCAGGAGACGACCUCCAGUUUGGACCAGGAGGAGCCAGCAUCUCCACUGCUGAAAGAGGAACAUCAGGACAUCUGUAUCAGUCAGAAAGAAGGGCAGUUCACUCUGAAGCCGGCUUCUCUUUCUGAAGACACAGAGUCAACAUCAAACGGGCAUGAAAAUUUUACACAAAAUAACAUAUGUAAACAAACUAAAAGGCACAGAGACAGUUUUGACAGUCGCAAGAGGCCAUUUUCAUGUAAAGUAUGUGGAAAAUCUUUCAGUCACAAUUGUUUUUUAAUACAUCACAUGAGAACACACACAGGUGAGAAGCCAUUUUCAUGUGAAACUUGUGGAAAAUGUUUCUCUGAGAAGAGUAACUUGACUAAGCACAUGAGAACUCACACCGGUGAAAAGCCAUUUGCAUGCAAAACUUGUGGUAGACGUUUCUCUCAAAGGGGUGUCUUGACUUGUCACAUGAGAAUUCACACAUGUGAGAAGCCAUUUCCAUGUGAAACAUGUGGAAAAUGUUUCUCUCAGAAGAGUCACUUGACUACGCACAUGAGAACUCACACAUGUGAGAAGCCAUUUGCAUGCAAAACUUGUGGUAGACGUUUCUCUCAGAGUGGUGUCUUGACAUAUCACAUGAGAACUCACACAGGUGAGAAGCCCUAUUGUUGUGAAACCUGUGGUAGAUGUUUCUCUAGAAAGGCUGAUUUGACUCUUCACAUGAGAACACACACAGUUGAGAAGCCAUUUCAAUGCAAAACUUGUGGUAAAUGUUUCUCUCAAAGUAAUAACUUGGCUAAGCACAUGAGAACUCACACAGGUGAGAAGCCAUUUCCAUGUGAAAUUUGUGGUAAAAGAUUUUCUCAGAGUUGUAACUUGACUCUUCACAUAAGAAGCCACACAGUUGAGAAUUCCUAUUCAUGUGAAUCUUUUGGUAAAUGUUUCUCUAAAAAUGGUGACUUGACUCUUCACAUGAGAACCCACGCAGGUGAGAAGUCAUUUCCAUGUAAAACUUGUGGUAAAUGUUUCUCUCAGCAUAAAUACUUGACUAGGCACAUGAGAAUUCACACAGGUGAGAAGCCAUUUCCAUGUGAAACCUGUGGUAAAUGUUUCUCUCGAAGUGAUCACUUGGCUGUUCACAAAAUGACUCACACAGGUGAGAAGCCAUUUCCACGUGAAACUUAUAAAUGUCUCUCCGACAGUGGUGUCUCGACUUGUCGCAUGGGAACUCACACAGGUGAUAAUCCCCAAUCUUGUGAAAUCUGUGGUAUAUGUUUCUCUAAAAAUGCUGAUUUGACUGUUCACAUGAGAGCACACAAAGGUGAGAAGUCAUUUCGGUGCGAAACUUGUGGUAAACAUUUCUCUCAGAGUAAUCACUUGACUAAGCACAUGAGAACACACACAGGUGAGAAGCCAUUUCCGUGUGAAACUUGUGGGAAACGUUUCUCUCGAAGUGAUCACUUGGCUGUUCACAUGAGAACUCACACAGGUGAGAAGCCAUUUCCAUGUGAAACUUGUGGGAAAUGUUUCUCUCAAGGUGGUGUCUUGACUUCUCACAUGAGAACUCACACAGGUGAGAAGCCGUAUUCAUGUAAAAAAUGUGGUAAAUGUUUCUCUCAGAACAGUAGCUUGGUUCAGCACAUAAGAACUCACACAGGGGAGAAGCCUUUUCCAUGUUUGAUCUGUGGAAGGAGAUACAGACAGUCGUCAGCUUUAGGUCUUCACAUGAGAAUUCACACUUAAUGUUUUUCGUGUAUUGGUACCAAUAUCAUGGUAACUGUUGUAGCAAGUAACCAUCUCUCAAGUCACACUCAGGUCAUUAGUGUUUGAUAUCCAAGUCACAUAGGAUUAUUCCAAGUCGAGUCAAGUCACUAGGUCCUAAAGGGCCUUUUUCAUUUUGGCUUGCAGCAAUUUAGUUCUGACUGUAUUUUUAUUUUAAUGUCAAUAAAUGAAAAUAAAAGAUUUUUUUUAAAAAGGG